AUGGACCCUCUUCGCGGUUACAUUACUUCAUACCCGCCGCGCGUGCGCCAGUACGGCAACGCGUUGCUCACUCCCGUCUAUCCAGUGCAAACUGGCCCGACACCGCGAACCACGAAGCGCGGCACGACCGCAAUCAAUUAUGCCGAAGAUGGAUACGAUGACGAAGAUUUCGAAGAUAGCGAUGGCUUCCGGCGACCUACAGGUCUCAGGAGUCUCCGGCGCGAGGAAUCCUCUGGUGGUGGCGCCCUGUCGGCACCUCAAAAGCUGGGCAAGGAAGCGCAUGCGCCAGUCGAAGUCCAAGGCAUAUUUCGUGAAUGGAUGAUCAAGCGGAUGCUGCGGCCAGCGUACGUCUUUCCCCCUACAGCCGAAUUCCCGUCGUCCGAGUUGGUAAUCCCUUUCCGUUACCUCCCUGCUAAAAUAUUACCCUCCAACAGCUGUGCAGAUCAGCUGCAAAUCCAGGCUCAGCUACCUCUUACACUUGUUCCUAUCCGCAUCGAUGUCGAAGUCCCUUCACACACACCUCUCGAACCUUUUCCCGUACCGCGUGGCAUGGAUCCCAGCUUCACACUUCCUGCAUAUCAACGACCAGAAAUGCUACCUCCGUUUCGCAUCAAGGAUACGUUCCUCUGGAACCUCCAUGAGGCUCUUGCGACACCGGAGGAGUUUGCUGUUGGAUUCGUGCGCGACCUCGACUUGCCCAACCCGCAAGCGACUACAAUGACGAUCAGCAACCAGAUCCGUCAACAAUUGGAGGAGUACGCAGGUGUGGCAUUGCACCCACUUUUCUCAAGUACACAGUCAUUCCAUGACCCAAGCGUGCCUCCGCAAACCGAGGCUUCCCGAGAUACCUCUAUGACACCUGCUGCGACCACCAAUAUCGCGACGCCCGAUAGCCGAAUGAAUGGCUCCUCGGUAACAGCGACAAAGGAGGCUUUGGUCAAUGACAGUCUGCUCAAUCCGGACGAUGCUUACCGCUGUCUGAUCAAUUUGAACAUCAAUCUGCAAAAUAAGCUGUACACCGACAAGUUUGAGUGGUCACUGUUGCACCCGCCAGGCAUGGCCGAAGAGUUUGCGCAGAUCACCUGUGCAGACCUGCAUCUAGGUGGUGAAUGGGUUAGUGCUAUCGCACACGGUAUCUACGAGACAGUCCUCAAGCUCAAGAAGGAAGUCUGCGAAAGCGGCGGCCUCAUGAGCGGAAUCAAUGGGUACGGCAACGAAAUCGACAAUCAGGCGGCCAACGGCGUCGAGGCGGGCUGGCGAUAUGACCCCGAGACCCUUGGUGACGAGUGGGAGCCCAAGGUGGAGACAUUGUCCAAGGACGAAAUCGAGAGACGAGAGGGCGAUCGUGAACGGCAGAUUAGACGUCUGCGCCGUGAAACCGCUCGCUUCUCGUCAACCACCGGCAUCACGCCAGAAGCCUCCCGACAAAGCACUAGUGGCCCUGGAUACUUUGACGUCGACAGUGAGACCCCACUGGGUCGUGGUGAGCGCAACAAGCGCAAGCGCCGUUUCCGCAGCCUCAGUCCCCUGGGCCGAGGAACCCCAGGUGGUCGUGGUACACCGGAGACAGGCUCAGGUGCUGGAUAUGGUGGCGGUGGCGGUACUCUUUCGGAAUGGGAACGUCAAAGCUGGCGGUGCACAAACUGCAUGGUUUGGGGCACAGCCGUAUGGGCUGUUCGGGAUGGUCCUGAUGGCCCACGGACACUGUGCCAUAAUUGUGGCUUCCUUUACGAACGAGACAAGAUCGCACCGGAGUGGUCGAAAGACCUCCAUCGUCACGAUAUCCCCAUCGGGCGAUUCGUUGCCUAG